AUGCCUUAUAAUCCACCUACAAAGGUACUAGAGAAUCAACCUGAGACACUGACAACCAAACAUAUUCCAAAACCUUCAGCAAAAGUGAAGAGUAUGGUAGAUGAUAUGACAAAGAAGAGUCGUCCUUCUCCUACUGAGAGUAAGAAGCCGGAGACAGAGAAGAGAAAGCAAGGGCGUCCAAAGAAGGAUCUAGUACUGAGUAUUCUACUCUAUCAAGUAGAGGAUACUGGCUCAGAAACACUGUCAAGUGAUGUCCUUUCUAGUGGACAAGAGGCACAAACUAAGGAGGCAUUUGUAGAAUAUGGAGAGGAACCGUCAGAACUGGAUGUAGUCCAUUUGCUUGCUACUGAAGUUACUGAGGGCUCACUUUCCUUCGAGAGUAUUGAGCUGGAUAGUGAAACAUUUGAAGAAGAAGACACUAUUAUGUCUACUCCUGUGGUACACAGGCAUCAAUUAGCAAACAACACUGUCGAAACUGAUAGUGAAAGACUAGUCAAAGUCAGUGUUCACGAUGGGACAGGCUUACGGAUCAUUCGCCUCAAGAAGUUGUAUAAAUACUUAUAUGUCCUUGAGCUGGCGUCUGCCUCGAUGAAGUUGAUGCCAACAAGUGUGGAGCUUGGCUACAAAGCAAGCUGGUCAUCAAAGACAGGUAGCAAGCGAAAUAUCAUGUUUAUCACGUCUUCGGAGGAGCUUGCUGAUUUCUGGGAGGAAUACAAAAGGUAUAAUGCAAAACCAGGCAAGAAAUGUGAGAUUGUAUUUCGAAACAUGCAAGAACCUGUUACUUCAACAGUAAAAAGGCCUGCAGGACGUGGAUCAGGGCAGACUCAGGAGGGUGCAAGAGACUUUAGUACAGUUGAAACAAGUCCAGCAUCCUUAGCAGCUCGGGACUCGAUUGAGGAGUCACUUCAGACAGCAAUUCAGCAGGACCAUGCUCAACGCCUUGUACAGAGUGAACCUGGAGUUGUGCCAAAUCAGGUACCUGCUAGUAUGAGCUCCAGGCUUUUGGACGUUAGUACGAGACGUCGCAAAACACAGCAUCCAGGUGUAACUCAACCGAAUACGGAAGUUUCAAGCAUUUCUACCCUUUCCGAAGCUGGUGACAGUAUCUCUGAGACUCCAAAGGACAACCCACCGAAUCCAACACAUUCUGGUCCCUUGAAUUACCCCACUGUAGAUGUCUGGCGUCGUUACUGCCAGCAGCACAUUGAACGAGGCCGCGAUGCAGUACACACCUACACAUCCCUCAUUUUCGUCUUGCAGAAAAAUGACUGCACUCGCUUGGACGACGUUGCGAGGCUCACCACCGAAGAAUUGUGCUCACUUGCUAUGGAGUGUGAAGUCGAAGCAUCAAUCGGUCUUGUCAAGCGCGUGGUUGCAUAUGCUCAUGAGGACGUAGCCAAAGUGAAGAAUGAUGGUUACCUAAAGAUGGAUGCUUAG